UGAACGCACAGUCGAUCAGUCGUCACGCUGCAGUGACGCGCAGCGGGCGGCGAACGCCGCGUGCUCGAUUCCGAUGGCAAUAAGUGUCCCAAGAGAAUAACGCUGUCCACUGAGCUAAGGUUAGCUCGUUAGCCGCGGGACAAUGUAAGCGAGGCGGACCCGUUGACGAGGUGUAAUUUAGCCGCCGCUCGACUCGAACUCUGUCUCUCGCGGGUGUGUUCGAGGUGGCGCUUCGCUAAAUGUGCCCCGGCGGCCGCCGGACAGGCGGAGGAGAGGGUGAACGUAGCAGCGAGCAGGCUGGGAGAGCAGUACUACAGAGAUGCCAUGGAGCAGUGUCACAGCUACAACGCUCGUCUAUGUGCCGAGCGCAGCAUCCUCAUGCCGUUCCUGGACUCCCAGACUGGUGUCGCCCAGUCCAACUGUUACAUCUGGAUGGAGAAGAGACACCGCAGUGCAGGUGUGGCUCCGGGGCAGCUGUACACCUACCCAGCCCGCCGCUGGAGGAAGAAACGGCGUUCUCAUCCCCCCGAGGACCCGCGGUUGGCUUUUCCUCCUCUCAAAACAGCAGAUUUGGAGCUUGGAUUGAAGCGUGACGCGUUGGGGGCUGUGGAUGGCAGCAGUCUGGAGGCCCUGCUGAAAGGGGAGCCCCUCGACAGGAGGAGCGGCGUGUCGGACCUCCGCGGCCCAGAGGAUGACCAAGCCGCUGUGGAGCCUCCUGCCACGUCCACGGCCACUCACACGUCCUCAGGGCGCGUCCGAAAGAGAGUCCUGGAUCACGACGACUACUUGGACGACCUGGACGAUGAUGACUUUGAAGAUGAGACUCCCAAGAGACGAGGCAAGAGCAAGUCCAAGGGUCGCAGUGACAAGAACGGCAAGAAGAAAAUGGAGGCUGCGGCUGCAGCACUGGAGGAGAGAGACAAACCAUACGCCUGCGACAUCUGUGGGAAGCGCUACAAGAACCGCCCCGGCCUGAGCUACCACUAUACACACUCUCACCUGGCGGAGGAGGAGGGCGAGGACCGCGAGGAGAUCGAGGCACCACCCACUCCUCGCCAGCCUGAGGAGCAGAAGAUUACCAAGAAGGGUCCCAACGGGCUGGCGCUGCCCAACGAUUACUGCGACUUCUGUCUGGGAGACUCCACCUUAAACCAGAAGACUGGUCAAUCAGAGGAGCUGGUGUCCUGCUCAGACUGUGGCCGCUCAGGCCACCCGACAUGCCUGCAGUUCACACCUGUGAUGAUGGCGGCGGUGAAGACCUACCGCUGGCAGUGCAUCGAGUGCAAGUGCUGCAACGUUUGUGGUACCUCAGAGAAUGACGACCAGCUGCUGUUCUGCGAUGACUGUGACCGAGGCUACCACAUGUAUUGUUUAUCCCCCCCCAUGACCGAACCACCCGAGGGGAGCUGGAGCUGCCACCUGUGUCUGGCUCUGCUGAAGGACAAGGCCUCCAUAUACCAGCAGAACCAGAGCUCCGCCCCCGAGUGACACCACAUCAGCGAGUUGCACCCCCUCAGCAACGGGACCCCUCCCCCCCGAUCGAAAAACAUCAGAACCUCCUCUCAGUCCGGAGCUCCAGGCUCGGUCCAGGUGUAGCUGAGCCGGAUCGCAGAUCAGCUUUAGAAGCCUUCAUAUCGACAGCGUAAACGAGGGGAAUCAAAAACCAAAACAGACCUCAGAUCAGUCAAGACGGGGAUCAAACCGCCACUAACCUGCCUACAAAGUCCCCGCGGCUUGCCGUCUCUCUCUCUCUCUCUCUCUCUCUCUCUCUCUCUCUCUCACACUCUCUCACACACACACACACACACACACACACACACACACACACACACACACACACACACACACACACACUUUAAGAUACAGAGAGCAUGAAGUAACCAUAGUAACUGCUGUCUCCAUGGGAGCUCCCAGGAGCGAACGGAUUAGCAUCACACGCUAAUUAUCUGCACCCUGUCACACUCAAAGACACAGUGUGGACUGUCAAGACAACAGUUUUUCUUUUCUGCCAAAUUAUCUAUUUUUACUCCCUGAAUGUGGGGGAAAAGAAAAAAAUUCACAAGUAUUGUCCAAGAAUAUUAUUAUUAUUAUUAUUAUUGUCAUUAUUAUAAUAAUUAUUAUUGUUCUUGUUCUAGUGGACUUUUGUAGUGACAUUCGUCUGUGGACUUAAAAGUCUGAUCCAUUGCAUUGAUUAUCUUUUGAAGAGCUUUCCCCGAGUGGAGCCGCUCAGUGCCAAGGUCCAUCAUCAUGUCCGUGAUCCACAGAACUUCUCGUCAUCACUCAAACCCUCUAGUUUCAUUCUCACGUCAGCAGGACGAAGACUAUGACUUUGACUUUUUAAGCUGUUAGCACAAAAUCUUGCGCCUUGCUACUUCGGGUCGCUGCAAAAACAACUUCUCAUCCCUGAUUCUGUUACUGGAUACGAGUUAGUUUAACCAAACACAACUGAGCAUGACUUGCAGGUUGGGCUCAUUAGAUAAGUAUUUGAAGUAUAAUGAAAUUUUUUCAUAUUUUCCUCACCAUCAGACAGAGCUAACAUUCUCUUUAUUUGAAAAAACAUGAGUCACAAUACUGCUGUUAUUUGGGAAACCGAUGGCAGCGCUGCAGUUUUAGUUCCAAUUCCAACACAUGAAACAAGUAAAAACCAUAAAGUCACAUCUGUUUCUAAAAAGACGUUUUUCGUGGUAGCUUGUUAGAAACCGUUUGCCGGUGACAUUGUCGUUCACAAGUGAUUGUAAACAGCCGCUGUCACGACGAUGACAACACAGAAUCAUGAACAAACUGUAGCUGCUUUUAUCAUUUGUCACACUGAGGCAGAUUCGCAUGCAGACUGCACCUGUAUGAAUGCGCACACACUCACAUCACACGUGGUCAUUUGUCAUAUUGUUUGUAAUUUUUUUUUUUUAACAUUUUGUAUUACCUGAUAAUCCAUUGGUAUUGGGAGUUUUUCUAGUAGAAUUUUGUAAAGUCUAUCGUAUAGCAAAACACUUCAAGUAUAUAGCUCCUAAUGCAUUCUAUGUACUGUAUUGACUUUUUCUAUUUUUGUUAUGACUGUGACAUGUUUGAAUUUAUUUGACUAUUCCGAUAUGUCAGACCUCCAUUAUGAGUAUUUGUAAAAUUAUGUACUUUGUUGUACUAUUUUUAUUUUUACAUUUCUUUGGUAUCAAAACCAAUUUAGCCUGACUGAAAUAAAAAUCACUUUGAAUUGCG